ACAAGCGAAAGCGAAUGAACUCGCGCGCUCGGCGACAGUCUCCCACAAAAAAGAAAAUACCGCUCGGCGCUCGGAGCCGAAGGGGGAUGGCUGGCUAGCAGCCGAGAAAAUGGCGAACAGCUGUUCCCCCACGGAGCGGUUGCUACGGUUGUGUUGGCUUCUGCACUCCGUUCGCCUCGCAGUUCCGCUAGUGUACACCCCUUCGGACGCCUACCAGGAGAGCCUUCUGCGGCCAUAUCGGACAUUCAGCGAUGUGGCCAUCUUCCACUUCACAGUGCCUGCUCAAACGUCCCGGGCAGCGUGGCAGUUUGUGGCCUUCAUGGACGAUAAGCACUGUCCGUCACAACCAGUUUACAUCUACCUCAGGCAUGGCAGCUAUCCCGUGGUGGCGGCAGACAACAGCUCUUUUCCCACUCAUACUCACCUUCCGAGCCAGUCCCUAUAUCACCUCAAGACAGAGACCAAGUUUCAGCCCACGGAAAUGCCAGAAUUCCACGUGCUCAACCCCCUGCCUGGCAGCUGGUUUGUCAUUGCCUUUCUUCAGGAGUCGAGCCGGCAGAUCAAGCAGCAGGGAAUUCACCGAAGCUGCCAGUACAGCCUAGGUAGUAUGGCUGCAUGGACGCACCACCAUGAGGUCAUAUUGCUCAACGUUGGUAUGCACCUUAACGUUACUUCGCCACCUCAGCUGACUGUGUUCAAAGUCUACAUUCCCGACGGUGCAUGGCAGCUGCUAGUGAGGAUAUCGGGUUGCGUCAACAUUUCUUCAAAUUUCUCCUCAAUCAAAAGCAAGGCGGUUGCGCCUUGCAUACGAAAGUUUGCGCUGCGUGCGAGGGCCCUGCCGUACGCGGAAGACGUUAACGUCACCGGAAGUGACUUCUACAGCAUUGUUCCACAGCCGGAGGUGGAAGCAUAUUACUACAUUGCCGUUGCUGCUGACAUGCACGUUGGCUACUCUAUUGUUGCUGACAUAAAAGAUUGCCCAACCCCAUGGCACUUCCCAAAUCGCAAAGCGAGUCGACAGCCACGCCAUUUGGCUUCCGGCUUCAACGAGUCGGACUCCAGCAACGAGACCUCGUCCAAUCAGACGGCCUCCGCCCUGUCCGCCGUCAGCCAGCUGCACGAGGAUCACCAGAAAGUGGCGUCGGGUCCCAGCACCACUGCGACCACGACUCCCACAGAGUUUCAGGCCCACACGGCCCACUUCGUGAAGGAGAUCUUGGGAGAACAGGGCAUACUGGCCGCCAUGCAAGGAUGCUUGCCAAUGAUACCCCUGACACGGAUCAAACAUGCACAGGACUUCUUGGACUCUUUCCUGGUGCAGGGACCAGAGUGGUUUUCGUCGUGGCUUGGCCUCACAGAUGCAUUCCCAGUCGUGGUUGGCUUGCAGCUGGAACCAUUUGUGGACAUAGGGGGCACGCUGCAGACAAAGAUACAUCUAGACAGCAUGGUUAAGAAUCUAACGUCCCAGGUGGUCAUCGUAAACAUCUGCAUUCACCACAAUAGCCCGCCGCCAUACCUGUCGGGACGCAUUCAGUGCCCCCCGGGACUCGCGCUAACUGUCGCCACCAACGACAGCUUGGUCGCAAUCAAGUACUUCCCUUUUCCGGAGCCCGGCACUUGGUUCCUGUCCUUCACGGCAGCAUGCUUCAACGGUUCCAGCUCAUGGGCGCCCGUACGAUGCGAGUUGGAGCAGACCAUAGUGGACCUUCGCAUCCGACUUCAGCCGUGCGUCUUCGAAGGUUCGCCCUGUGGCCAGCACGGCUACUGCCAGGAGAAUCACUUCCGGCAGUUCUACUUCAGCUCCUGCCACUGUGUUGGAGGCUGGCGUGGCUGGGGUUGCACCGACAACAGCAGAGCAACACCGGCGCCCCUCCUUCUGAUGCGGACUCUGCUGCUGACACUCAGCAACCUGUUCUUCCUGCCUGCCAUCGUCCUGGCGACCAGACGUCAGUUUUACACCGAGGCUGUUGUCUACGGCGUCACCAUGUUCUUUUCAAUGUUCUACCAUGCCUGCGAUGUGGACAUGUUUGGCUUCUGCCUCCUGCGCUACGAGGUGCUCCAGUUCUGCGACUUCUUCUCGGCCGUGCUCUCGUUCUGGGUCACCCUGGUGGCCAUGGCUAACGUGCCACCCACGCUGGCCUCCAUCGCUCACGUGCUGGGUGCCCUGGGCGUGGCCCUUGGCGUCCAGUGCCAGCGCACCAGCUUGCUGGUGUUUGCCGUGCCGGCAGGUGUCGGAGCCUUCCUGCUCUCCGUGUCGUGGGUCCGCAGGUGCUACCAGUCCCACUCGUGCCAGCCGACACUGCGGGAGUGGCUGACCAACCUAAUUCCCGGAGUUCUUCUCGCUGCGGUCGGCCUAGUCCUGUUCGCCUUUGUGGAGACCGAGGACAACUACAAGUACAUCCACAGUGCGUGGCACAUUGUGAUUUCUCUCUCCAUCAGUUUCCUGCUCCCCAAGCGCAACAUGAGCAACGUGACGCAGUGCAAGAACGGCUGCAGCGCCUCCGUCAUCAGCGGGGACACCAUGCAGUCCAUCUACGAGCGGGUGCAACCCGUGCUGAACAACGACUCGGAGCUCGUCGACAUAGCCGACUACCGACUCGAUACGGAUCUAACGUCGCUGAUCAGGGGCCUCCACCCUUAACUCACCCGCCCGACGUCCAGCAGCUAAUGUGUUGUUAUUGUGCUUGAGUGAGAUCCACCCGACGAUCUGCACGAGUUCGCUCUGCAAUCUGUGGGACGAAUUCUCAGUGAACUUAUUGUUGGAGUGAACUGCUGGUUCAAUUACGAGGUCAGAGUCAGACGUGCAGUUAUGUAUGACAUGACGUCAUAUGUUGUGAGGCAUGUUUAAAACAUCAGAACAGUGCUUGGGUGCAGUCAAAGCAUCUAACAGCAUAAACUCAAGCUUCAAAGUCCUCUGAACAGCCAGCAAAUUAACGCGGCCAGCUUCUGUUAAGAUGGACACAGCGACAUGCAAACUUGGUUCAAAUGCAUGGGCACCUUUAGAGACCUCUGAACAAUGUCGAGUUAAGGAUGGGUCAGAUUCGUUGGUGUUGAAUUGCUAGAAGUUGAUGGUACCUGCAACUGCAUGGGCUAAAUUCUGGAAGCUCAAACAGGCUUGGCAAAUCUAUUGCACCUGAUUAUCCAAUUUGCACGUCGACACUCGUGUUUCAGCAAACCUGUAUGCAAAAAUGUGUUCACGACUAAACGUCGACCUGAUGUGCUCCAACUUUAAACUGUUGCAAGACGUUAUGUGAAGCCAUGUUGGCAAGCAGCCAGCAAAUGCAAUUGGUGAAAUCAUACUGCCUGUCGCAUCACAAUGACAAUGCUUACUAGCAUUGCUUUCCAACCGAACAUGCGUUACGAGGCUUUAUGCAUGAAGGCCACACUAACAUGCCAACUUGUCAGAGCUGCACCGUCUUUCUGCGCCACUGUAUGUACAUAGUCCUCUUAGAGUGUGCCCCUGGCAGCUGCUAGUCACAUAAAUCUUUCAGCUUUCAAUUUAUUUACACAUCGAAAUGAGCAAGCAGUCCAUGCUUGAGCCAUAGAUUUCUUUGGGCAAAGUGAUAUGGAUGGGCUUCGGUCUUUCUGGCAGUCGAGCAGCUACGUCUAAGCAGCUUGGAAGUUCUUGGCAGGCAGCGUUUGGUAUUUAGUGUCUAUACCCUAUGGCAAAAAAGCAAAAUGUCACUGGCUCUGGCCAGGUGGCCUUUAUCGACUAUGACUUGACCGCUACUGACUAAGACUUGAAAGGCACUUGCAACCCACAACUCAGGUGGCCUUUACCGGUGACACCUUGGGUGGCUUUAACUGGGGUGGCCUUUACCGGUGACACCUUUGGUGGCUUUAACUGAGGUGGCCUUUACCGGUGACACCUUGGGUGGCUUUAACUGGGGUGGCCUUUACCGGUGACACCUUGGGUGGCUUUAACUGGGGUGGCCUUUACUGGUGACACCUUGGGUUACUUUAACUGGCAACGACUUGGAUGUCCUUUAAUGACUAAGGCCAACUUUUAUUGCCUACGGCCUGCUAAUCUUUACUGGCUACAGCUGGUUAGCCCUUAUUGGCUGCUGCGGUCUGGCCUUUACGUUUCUGUGGCAGUGCGUACUAUCGGCAAUAAAUAUUUAGGUGCACAAUAUCCACAAAAAAAAAAAUGGAUGUUUCGGCAGCCUGGGCGUGCAAGCUGUGCCAUUGUAUGCAACUAACAUGGUGUGUCACUGUUUUGCUGACCUUAGGCACAAACCGCAUGGAAAUCUUCUCUUUUUCACAUUUUUUUUUCCUUGUUAUUUAAUGUUACCAGGCAAGAAUGACAUUCUCAAUGAAAGAAGAAAAAAAUCAGUCACAAAAGACAAAGAACCAGAAGAGAGGUUCACACAACGACUGUCUCCAGUCUUUGUGGUGUGAACCUCUCUUUUGGUCCUUUGUCUUUUGUGACUGGUUUUUUUCCUUCAACUAUGUACCAACUGGCCCAGAUUUCAACCCUUCUGCAUGACAUUCUCAUUCAAGCGAGUUUAGUGAGAUUAUUAGCAUCUGUUUCUGAACUAAAUCUGUAGCCUAAACCAAAGGGCAGCUGCAAAACGCACAAACCUAAUAUGGUAUAUAGUAAACUGAAAAGUUACAAUUUCUGGUAAUACAAGUGCUCCUUUCUUUUCUGUGGGAAAGUACUGAUGUUGUAAAGCCCAAGAGAGCUGAAAUCAUCUUUAAUUAAGGAAAUGUGACCCAAGACACUUCGUACAUCCUUUUAACGUGCUCUCUGUGGUAUUUUGUUUGUCAUGUCGUCAUUGCACUCACCCACAACUGUCAUUAUUCCGAUCGCUUUGUAUAAUUGCCUAGCAUUGAAUGCCAUGUUAUGUGCUGAAUGUUGUUUACUAGUACUAUAAUUACGUUGAAUUUUGUUAUGUCACCUUACCGUAAAACUGCCUGUACUCUUAAGCGUAAGCUGCACUUCAAGAGCUGCAAUCUAAAUGCGGAGCGAUUCGAAAGUUAUGGAAAAAAUAAGCUUAGAUAGCACAAAAAGUAUAAACUAUAGCAAGAUGUGGUUUUCAAUGCAUAGGAAAGCAUAGGGUUUUCUUUCCAUUUUAAUGAUAAAGAAUGUCUUGCUGCCAGAGCAGUUGUAUUUGUCCCAGCAAGGUGGUGGUGUUUUAGCCCAAUAGCCACCUUGUUUCAGCUGUGAUGCCAUUAGAAAUCAUUGUCAUAAAGCACCACCUGCUAGUGGAAAAAGAGAUACUCUGGCUAAGAGGUGUAUUGUAAAAAAUUCCACAUCUUCUUGUGCAUAUUUAGGAAAACUGCAUCUUGCAAUGCUCUAUACUAAAAAACUAAAAUUUAAACAUUUUAGUUUUUUUUCCUGCUACUUUUGGUUCACCCAUGGGAAUAGAGAUAAGGCUUUGCUUGGAAGCCACUGUACCAACUCUAAUAAGGUUCACUGCAUUUGAAAGAGGAAGUUGCCUAUAGGAGUAGAUCUGCCUACUUGAAGUAGACUGCCUACUUGGAGCAGAUCUUUAAUGUAGACCCUCAAUUUUUGUUUUUCACAAUUAGAAUUACUUCCUGGAAAGAAAAAAAAAUUGUCACCCACCUGACUCUAGCACGAAGCCACAGAGGAAAUCCAAUAUGGAUUUCUCAACAAGAAAGCUUCGCAAUUGAGAAAAAUUUGUCCUGCUCUAGGGACCGAACUAGGGACCAACGCCUUUCCGAGGCGGUCGCUCUACCAUGUGAGCUUACCAUGAGGCUAGCAGAUCACAGAACAAGGCUGAAUCAAUGGAAAACCUGAAGCACAGGGACAACGAAUAUGGAAAAUCAGUUCUGCAGUGAUUUGAGAGUUGGAGUAAGGGAAGGACUAUGUGAGGUAAAAAAUUGUAAUCUGCCUUACUGUAGCACCAAGCUACAAAUGAUUACAACAAAAAAUUACUUCCUCUUUUGAAUGGAACAGAUUUAAUUCCUAUUGGUACACUUGUCUAAUUGGUUCCUACACUGUGCAUGUAUUUGAAUUGGGGAAUCGGAGUUUGCCCCAAGCAUGUUUCUUCUGAAAGAAGUACUGACAUCACAUUUUCGACAUUUUUUGCAUUAAAUGAAGGUCCAAACUUUCUAAAUCCUUUUAAAUAUACCGCCCAGCAUCAGUGCAUCCCAAAUAAUGUACUGUAAGACUUACUUCUCUGAAUCAGUUUUGGUAUCGGUAACCAGCAGUUCUAUGCAUCAUUACGUCCUGAUACACUGAAUCGCCCUAUUCCUGCAAUCACUGUGACUUCCUCACGGUACAUGCAAGGUACAUGCAAAACAUUUCUGUUUAUUUUUUAUGGGCAGCAUCAUCAUAUGCAGGCUUAAAACUACACGACGUCAGCAAAUUUUGUUCUGUCUUGAGACGACGCGAUAAUGUCAAUGACGCCAAGGCAGCAUUUCGAGAGCAACUUUAAUAUCAAAUUAAAAUGUUUUACGAGUGUAUUGAAACCUUCACACUUGUUCAGUAUCAACCAUUUACAUGCGAGAAGCAUGGGGUAGAGUUUCGACAAAUUCAGAAGUGUAUGUCAGUACUCUUUGAAAUAUAAAAAAUGUCAUGGCAUUGUUUCUUUCACUGCUAGGCAGCUGCUUUCUCAUUUUAAACAUUGCGAGAGAUUGUGCACAUGUCUGUGAACCUUUGUCAAGCGCUUCUGUACACUGUUAACACACUUCCGCGCAUUGCGCAGCAAUCCGGCAAUGUAAACUGUCGCCAAACUGUAAUGUUUCUCACCCAGCCUAGACUGCUCAGUCAAAAUAGGCAGUCCUGCACUCAAGCUCAUGAUAAGACUCUGGUCAGUUUUUGUCUGGUGUGGGAUAUAGGCAGCAAAUAACAGAUUGUGCAGUGUCAUGGCCAUGGCUGCCAGGUCUGCCAAGCUUGUGCUGAACUGGCUUCUUUUAAGACCUCUUAUUAUGCAACAUAUAUGCCUUCUUUUAAAUUUAGCCACUAGUUGUCUACUUUUCACACUGGUAUGGGGCAAUUCAUUAGUGCUAUAAAAUUGCUGCUAAUGUUAGAUUUUGCUAGAGGAGUUAUGUUUUGCACUCGAAUAGCAACAAAUCGGCAGCUACACUACAUAUUGCUGUCUCCCCAGCUAUGCCAAGGAGCAAUAGUUCUGUCAUUGUUCAGAGGCAUCUUUUAUGUAUGUCCACUCGAGUCGUGUAAGUGAUGGACACUUGCGAUGGCCGUUUAGUCUAGGCUUGGCGACUAUUCUCACUUGUGACCGUGGCAGUGUGUUGGGGAAUAUUGUGGCUCGGUUUUGAGUUUUAGACCUGGCAACUCUGGUCAUGGUCAACUGCUCCUGAGGCAAGCGGGUAGAAGUCAGCAGAUUGAAGUGCUCAAGGUGUUCUCUAGUGAUGUCAAAACAUGAAGGUUUCGGACUUAAAGGGAUGCCAAAGGCUGACUCAUUGCCUCCUCAAUUUAAGGUUCCUGAGGAAUGGAGAGACGGAAACAUUGUCUAUAAGACAGCAGAGCCAAGAAAUAGUGCACUGCUCAAUGAUCUCCAAGGUCUUGCUUUACCGGGAGCUGCUGCAUUUGGCGAUUCAGUUCGUGGCAGAAAGUGGCAUGCUCCUACAAAUAGUUGCAUGCAGUUCAGUGUGAAGAGUGUCAGAACCAGGAAAAUCCAUUGAAAAAAAAAAGUUCAAUGAAAUUUACAAUUAUUAUCAGCUGUUGACCAUUGGCAAGUUGUUGACAAGAUUAUUUAUGUCACUGCAGUUCCGUAUUCUACGUUUUCAAAGUGGUUGUGCUAUUCCUUGUUGGUGGUUACAGCAUUUCUUUGCUUAGUGAAACUGUGUUCUGUGGCAGACAUUAUUUUUGUUAUUAUGCUAUUUUUGAACACUAUAUUCUGUGAAUUCAGCUUGACUUCAAUUUUGCCUAUGUCACCCCUUUGACAUUAUAUAAUCUCUACUGCUUUGCUGUCGGUGCAAAAUGUGCAGGAUGGCAUACCCCAUGGCAAGUUUCUGAAGGGAUUCAUAUUAGCCCAGUCUCAUGCAUUGCAACAUUUUUCUCAAGCAAGUUAAUUGCAUUGUGCUAGAAGAUAACAAAAGCGGCUCACCGUUGCUUUGGUUCGCUUUUGCUUCGCCGAUGAUGUCGUUAGUUCUAACUAGUCAAAUAUCAAGUUGUUGUUUGCCACGUCUGCCAAGUGUUUGUCAUAUUGAUUCCAGCAAGCUGGAACAGAACAAAAAAAAAUAUUGUUUGUGUUUGCUAGUCCUUCUGCAGAGGCUUAAUUUUCCUUGUGUGCAUUUAUGCUUUGUACAGUCUCAUCUAUGUUUUAUAAGCAUCUAGUCAACCAUUACUUCAUUUUAUAUUUUAAAAUGUGUUAUGGCAUUUUUGACGGCAAGCCUUUUUUUUGCUUGCUUCAAAAGAGAGCCCUUGCCCAGAGUGAUGAUCACACAACAAUGUUGUCAAUCCAACAAAAUAUUCUAGCAAAGAUUUUGUAUCAGAGUGCAUUUGUUCAACUCAUUAUGCACAAUGCUUGCUGUGUCAAUGAUGUUUGUCUGCUUCUCUAAUAGGAAGCGUUUUGGCUCUUUGCCUGCUUGCUGGGCCGAAACGAAUGUGAAAUGCAGGAAUGCUCUAGUUGGCCAUGCAAUUAAUCAAUUUUUUGUGAUAUACAUUGGAUCUAAAAGUUGAAACUGUAGUAAGCUUUUUUUGGGAGCAGAUGUUUUAUGUAGGUACUCAUUCCUUGUUAAAAAAUUGCUGAAAUGGAAACUUUUUGAAAAUAGAAGCAUAUUGUUAUCAGCUGUGUAGCUCUGUAACAAAAACUGGUAUUGCAGUUACACAAACCAAAUUCAACAGGGUGCACAAAGCGAACUAUACAUAUAUAUAUAUACAUAUAGACAGACAGACAAUAGACUUCUAUUGAUUCGACUCCGCUUAAUUCAAUUUUUCUGUUAUUUCGAUUCCAGCCGAAGGUCUCGGCUAGCGACCAUCCAUUUCUGCGGGCCCAAAUGUUCGUUAUUUCGGUCCUAAAAUUAGUCUUCGCCGAAUAACCCGAACUUGAGCAGGCAGCAUGCAUGGACCUGCCCUUUACGGCAACCCCAUUACUGGCAGCGUGUGUCUCGGCAGAGCUUAGGUAACAGUGAAUGCAUUUACAUGAAAUCUCACGUCGGUAACGCCAAUUUUCGGCCUGCCCUAGGGCGAUUUUCAAGCAAUAAUGGUACCUCACAAUGUCUGAUGAUAAUAUUUACCAGAUUCUGAGGCGUGACCCCCCCACCACUCCCACUAAUACGUUUGGACCGAAACCGCUUUCGUGGCGAUUGUAUGCUUUCGGCAUAAUACAGCUGUACUGCAGCGAAGCUGGCUUUGAAAAUUCGGCCGUCGCUGUGCAACUCAUUUAGACCCUUGCCGAUUUGUCUUGCUAGACAAUCGAGUGCAGGUUAUAUUUCUGCUUUGUUUUCGGAGGUGUAAUGUUAUCUGUACAUUAGUUUUCUACUUUGUACACGUAGAAAGCUGGCACACGUUUGUUUUGGGGGCACGUUAGAAUUGGGAAAAUACUGCAAUUAAUUAAUUGUAGUGUUUUUAAGUAUUUCCUUUUUUUGUUUAACUUGUUUCAUUCAACCUACCAGAUAAUUUGGUCCAUUUUGGCGGUCCCGUGAGGGUCGAGUUAAUGGACAUCAACUGUAUUAUAAAUUUCCUGGAAACAUCCGUACAAUUUGUGUACUGCAGAAAUUUCAAUAAACCUGCAUAAACGAAGCGAGGAUUUCACAUGAGUAAAAAAGCAGUACCUCAGAAACUGUAAGAGGUGCAGUUUAUGGAAUUGUGAUAUCUGCUCUUUGUGCGGAAUUAGUGGUUAAAUUUAUUUACCGAUUUUUGGUAAUUUGCAUUAAAAAUUUGAAGACCUAAAUCAAAUGUCUUCCUCCAACAGUCACUAAAGCAGGACUUUUCCUUUAAAAUUCAACAAAUUUCAUUCAAAUUGGUUCAGCAGCUGCCUGAUGAGGAUUUCUGCGUUUCACACGUACUCAAGUUGCAAAAUAAGAGUUGGCAACAAGAAGCUCGCUCAUAAGAGCACCGUUUGAUUCAGAAGCACUACUGCACAAAAUUUGCCCUCACUACAUGAAGGAGCCCCACAUAUCAGCAAUACACAAUGUACAAGCCAUCUCUGUUCUUGUUUCACCAAGUUGUUCCAUGUCAUCACUGUGAGUGUGUACGUUACUAGCCGCCAACAAAUGUCCAUUUGUAAUAGACAAAAGCAGAUACGCUUUCCGAAGCAUUGUAAGGCAGCGUUAAGUUUUAAGAAUGUUGUUCUGUGUGUUUGAUGGCUUACUUAGCGGGAGGUUUUCUCUCUCCCACUAAAUGAAAACGAAACCACUUGCUUUGUGCAUUCGUUAAGUGUACACUCAUCGUCGUCGGGAGGCAGCUUGCGCACUUUGUGCGUGCGCAGGUCGUGAAACGCUGAUGUAAUUUUUUGCAGCAGUAAAAAAACACUGAUAUUUUCUUUUUCCCAA